UUUUAUUUUCAUAUCAUUUUUUUCCUUCCGUUUUUCCAUUUAUAAUAAUACAAAAUACCAUUAUUAUAUUAUCAUCGCUACACGGAUUAGUAAAUACUAAAUUUCCGAUUAGUGAAAGUACCUAAUAAUCAACGGAAACAUGAGGGCGUGUCAGUUGUACAGAACGCUUCAGUUCAAACCGGCCUUAAUGACCACCGUCGUUAAGUACAAUAAUAAUUCUGUAAAAUUGAAGUUUCCAAUAAGAAGUAUGGCGUCCAACACCGAAGUCGGCAUUCGCAAAGAAUCGGACACGUUUGGCGAACUCGAUGUGCCGAACGAUCGUUAUUACGGUGCUCAAACCGUAAGGUCUACGAUGAAUUUCCGUAUUGGAGGCGAAAAAGAACAAAUGCCUUACCCUGUGAUUGUCGCUAUGGGUAUACUGAAAAAAGCUGCAGCCGAAGUGAACAAAGAAUUUGGUUUAGACGCCAAAAUUGCGGAUGCCAUAAGUCAAGCAGCCGAUGAAGUAAUCAGUGGUAAACUUUACAACGAGGGUCAUUUUCCAUUAGUUAUUUGGCAAACCGGUUCUGGCACUCAAUCAAACAUGAAUACAAAUGAAGUGAUAAGCAACAGAGCUAUUGAAAUUUUGGGUGGCGUAUUAGGAUCAAAGUCUCCGGUUCAUCCCAAUGACCAUGUAAAUAAAAGUCAGAGUUCCAACGACACAUUUCCGACCGCUAUGCAUAUCGCUGUCGCAUUGGAGCUUAAUAAUUUAUUACUGCCUUCGUUAAAACACCUACAUUGUGCAUUAGAUAAGAAAGCUAAAGAGUUUUCGAACAUAAUUAAAAUUGGACGAACUCACACACAAGACGCCACACCUUUGACGUUGGAACAAGAAUUCAGUGGUUACGUACAACAACUGCAGAAUGGUAUUAAACGAGUCGAAAACACUCUACCACAUCUGUAUGAGUUGGCGUUAGGCGGUACGGCCGUUGGAACGGGCUUAAACACAAGAGUGGGAUUUGCAGAAAAAUGUGCCGUCAAAAUCAGUGAACUGACAAAUUUGCCGUUUAAAAAAUCUCCAAACUUCUUCGAAUCUCUGGCUGCUCAUGACGCUAUGGUCGAAGUGUCGGGUGCACUGAACGUACUAGCUUGCAGUCUAAUGAAGAUUGCAAAUGAUAUUAGAUUUUUAGCGUCUGGCCCACGCAGCGGCCUUGGCGAAUUAUCCUUGCCAGAGAACGAGCCCGGAAGUAGUAUUAUGCCGGGCAAAGUAAAUCCUACACAAUGCGAAGCCAUAACAAUGGUUUGUGCUCAAGUAAUAGGCAAUCACGUAGCUGUGACCGUCGGAGGCAGUAACGGCCACUUUGAGUUGAAUGUAUUCAAACCGCUGAUUGUGUCCAACGUAUUGAGGUCUGCUCGUUUGUUGGCCGACAGUUGUGUCUCUUUUACUGAUAACUGUGUGGUCGGUAUCGAAGCUAACAAAGAGAGAAUUUCGGAUCUCCUAAACAACUCACUCAUGUUGGUCACUGCACUUAAUCCACACAUAGGUUAUGAUAAGGCUGCUAAAAUUGCCAAAACCGCACACAAGGACGGAUCGACUCUCAAAGAGGCAGCAUUAAAACUUGAAUACUUAACCGAAGAACAGUUUGACAAGUGGGUUCGACCGGAAGACAUGUUGGGACCAAAAUAAUUUAAGAAAAGUCCUUUUUUUUUUAAAUAUUAGUUAAGCUUUGUGUGUUUAACUCAUUUAAAAAUUAUAUAUUUGUGUUUUUAUUUUGAAAACAACAAAAUAUUGUAUUAUAAUUUUUCAUAUAGUCAUUAAAUCAGUUACGCUGUCAUUGUUAUUA